AUGUGCCUUGGCCAACGCCACGACCCUCCUCCCCGCUCACCUCCUCUCCCUCCAAGCCUUGCUCUCAUGAGCCCCCCACCUCCUACUCUGUCCUCUCUUCUUGCCGUCUCCUCGCCACUCUCCCCUCCUCCUGCUCCUCCAUCUGCCACUGGUUUGCCAACUGCUGCAAUUGUGGGAAUAGCCUUGGGAGCGUUCUGCCUUAUUCUGGCUGCUGUUGUUGCUGCUGUCGUGGUUUCUGGGUGUGUAAGGGAGGAACUCCAGGGGUCGAAACUACAGCCCCUAGCUUCCUCAGCAUCUCGCGUCUUCAGUCGCUCUCGCUGUCCGCAGCUGUCCAUGUCCCUCGUGGCACAGGCAACGGGUGGGUGGAGUGAGGAUUGCAGGGUGGAGAAGCAGGGCUGGAGCAGCAGCAGCGGUGGCACCACCAGCAGCAGCAGUGGAGGGCAGAGGUACAAGGCAGUGAGUCCUCUCGAUGCGCGCCAAGUGUGGUUCGUGGUGAGGCGCGGCAACGAGGAGCUUUCCACAGACUUCCAGAAAGAGGUGGCCACGCUUUGGACUAUCCGCCAUACCAACCUGCAGCGACUGCUGGGGUAUUGCUGGGAGAAGCGUGAUACUGCCCUAGACCGUGACUCGCCUGCUACUGCUGCUGCUGCUGCUGCUGCUGCUGCUGCUGCUGCUGCUGCUGCUGCUGCUGCUGCUGCUGCUGCUGCUGCUGCUGCUGCUGCUGCUGCUGCUGCUGGCGCUGAUAGUGCUAUAAGUGCUAGUUCUGAUAGUGCUACGAGCGCUAGUGCUGCUGAUGCUGCUGCUGCCAGUCAUGCGGUGAAGCAAGCGGAGGAGCAGGUGCUAGUGUUUGAGUGGGUGCCAGGAGGCAACCUGCACAGCCGCCUCAUUGCAGAGGGCGGCGUGCCUCUGUCGGUGUGGCAGUGCCUGGAUGUGACCGCGGGUGUGCUGCGAGGGCUGAAGCACAUUCAGAGCCAUGGGGUCGUGCAUGGCCGCAUACACCCACGCAACAUCCUGCUUGACCCUGCCCUGGAGUUCAUUAACCAAUUGAGCACCUCUCCCUCCUUCCCCCACCGCCUCUAUUCUCUUCCCCACUCUCCCCCACCCCCCUCAUCCCCACCUGCCAGCAUUGGUGUGGCACAGCACCUGGUAACACGCAACAUCACAGCCGACCUUCGCGCCGCCCACCUGCCCCAAGCACCCGACGCCAUCGUGCUGCCCAUGGUGCGCCUCGCCCUCUCCUGCACCGCUUCCGACCCCCUCUCCCGCCCCACUGUCACCAACCUGCUCCGCUCCAUCAAGGCCCUCAAGCGCUCCCUCUCCGCCCACCCGCGCCCAGCCCUGCCUGGCAACGGAGGGACAAGCAGGGAUGGUGAGAUCCCUGGUGCUGCCCGUGGUGGGGGGGCUGGAGAGCAGCAUGGUGGGGAGGAUGGGGAUGGGCAAGGUUUCAGUCAAAAUGCGCUAGAUGCAAAAUUAGACUGGCUUCUGGAGGAAGAGGAUAGUGGUAGGUUUGUGACAGAUGUGUAG